GCGGGCUGCAGCCGGAUGUGGAGGCUGCACGGGUGGGCGUGGCAGACCAUGGCCUUGUCGGCAGCCAGACGCCUUCUGGGGUCCCGCAGGACCCCUAUUCGGGGCGGUCUGCUGCUGCUGCUGCUGCUGCUGCCGCUGCCGGGCCUCGGCCGGACACAACCUCCAAGGGCUGCAGAGACGGGACAGCCUCCGCUCCCGGACGCGGCGGGCCUGCGUGACCCCGACAGCCCGGCCCUAGGCCUCUGGAGCUUCUCCUGUGAGGAGGUGUCCCGCCUGAGCGCCGGGCGCGCUCUGGAGCUGGCUGUGACUGUGAGGCGGGAGCACAUCCCGCUCCGGGAGGAUCAGCUGCGCUGUUUGGCUCACAGUCUCUCAGAGCACCUUGCGCCCCAGGACCUGGAUGCCCUCCCAGUGGACAUGCUGCCCUUCCUCAGCCCUGCCUCGUUCCCGGGGCCUCAGGUCUGUAAGAGCUUGUUGUCUCGAGUCUCCAAGGCCAACAACUUCCGCCAGCUCCCACCCGGGGCUCCUGAGCGCCAGCGUAUGCUGCGCCUAGCUCUGGCCUGCCGGGGUGUGCGGGGCUCUCGGGUGAGCGAGGCCGAUGUGCAGGCCCUGGGGAGCCUGGCUUGUGACCUGCCCGGGCGCUUUGUGGCCAAUGCAGCGGCCAUCCUUCUCCCCCGGCUGGCCAGCUGCCCAGGUCCCCUGGACCAGGACCAGCAGGAGGCAGCCAGGGCGGCUCUGAAGGGCGGAGGACCCCCCUAUGGUCCUCCCUCGCGGUGGUCCCCCUCCACCCUGGACGCUCUGCAGGGCCUGAUGACUGUGUUGGACCUGCCCAUCGUUCGUAGCAUCCCGCAGGAGGUCUUGGACUCCUGGCUACAGCGCAUCUCCGGGCACCCAUCGUGGCGGAGGUCUGAGCUGGCCCCCGUGGUCCAAAGGUUCCGGCGAGACACAGAGAAGGCCUGUCCCCCGGGGCAGAGGGCGUUGGCGGUGGACGAGAGCCUCUUCUGGUAUGAGGAGUGGGAGCUGGAGGCCUGCCUGGACGGCAACGUGCUGGCGGAGCAGGUGGAGGAAGUGAACAAGAUCCCCUUCACCUACCAGCAGCUCAGCGCUUUGAAGCGCAAGUUGGACAAGACCUUUCCACAAGGGUACCCCGAGGCCCUGAUCCAGAGGCUCGGCCCCUUCUUCCGCCACGUCCUCCCGGACGACAUCAGCAAGUGGAACGUGACCUCCCUGGACACGGUCAGGGACCUGCUCGAGGCUAGCAGCGGGCACAGCACAGACACGCAGGUGACUGCCCUGAUCGCCCGCUACCUGCUGGGAAGGGACGACUUGGAUGAGGACACGCUGGACCUCCUGGCUGGAGUCCGCCCCACUUACCUGUGUGUGCUCAGCUCCACGCAGCUGGAGUCCCUGCCCCUCGGUGUCCUCUGGUGGGUCCCCCGUGUCCUUUGCUGUGGUGCCCCCCGUGUCCUCCUGUGGUGGGGCUGGGGCCCGGUGUUGCGUUGCACGGUCUGGAGCCUGGGUUCCACUCCCUGUGCAGGAGGGGCCUCCGCAGAGGACCUGCGGGCUCUCAGCCACCAGAACAUAAGCAUGGACAUGGCCACAUUCAAGAAGCUGCCGGUGGAGUCGGUGGUGCCGCUGACGGUGGAUGAGGUUCAGGCACUUCUGGGGGCGCACAUGGCAGAGCUGAAGGGGGAGGAGAACAGCAGCCCUGUGCGGGACUGGGUCUUCCGGCAGCGCCAAGAAGACCUGGACCGGCUGGAGCUGGGGCUCCAGGGCGGCGUCCCCAACGGCUACAUGAUCCUGGACCUCAGCUUUCGAGAGGCCUUCUCCCGGGGAGCUCCACGUCUGACACCUGGACUUGCGCUUGCCUGGAGCUCUGCUCUGCUCUUGGCCUUCGCUCUGGGCUGAGACCACCGCUUCCGACCGUCCAGCCCUGGCCCUCCGAGGAGCUCUGCCUGACCCGAAGGCAGCCCAGCCCCGAGGGCAUUUGAGCUCAAUAAACAGCAGUGUGUCUCUGUG